GUUGGGAUGACACCUUAGCCUGAUUUCAAGAGAUUCUUCGAACUUCCUUUGGAGCUCCGGGAGCUGAUGUACUCCUUUGCAGUCGUUACAAGAGGCGCAAGCGGAGUCAUGCUGACCCCAUUGGCCAUAACCAACCGCCAUCUUGAUGAGCUUUGGCGCCGUUUCAAAAGAGAAAUAAAGAGCCUAUUACCAAAUGGCUUACAGCCCCGCCAACCUCCUACGUACUUGUCGCCAGAUCAAAGUAGAGGCAGCGAAGUUCUUCUUCGAGCAGAACCACUUCGUCAUCGAUCCUGACUUUUGGUCCGCUCAGGAGACAUGGCUGGUGUCAGAGGUCGAAAAACUUACAACGAACCCCUUUCUAGCUUCCGCCUCAGAGCAACUUCGCAUUCUACACUUCAGGAGCUGGCCUAGCCUGAAUUUUUCCUCGCGCAGGAUUCCUAUAGACCUCACUACCGAAACGGCUGCCCGAGCAUAGCAUGUUGGAACGCUCAUGCCAGCUCUAGUAUUUCCCGCUGGCCCGGCAAAUGGCGCUGCGCCGUUCUCCUCGUUAUUUGCAACGCGUUUCGACUCGAGUCUAAAUCCUAUCGUAGCGCUGCCGAA